GAAAUCUGUGCAAAAUGUAAUUGAAAACAAAGCGUGAUAGACAGAAGAAAACACAAUAAAAAAAAUCAAAGAAAACAAACAACAAAUCCAUCAUAAGAUCAAUAUAAAUACUCAUAAAGCAUUUGGAUUAAUGAUUGAUUUCGUUUCUAUUCGAGCUCAUUAAAAUAUGUAAAUCUUGAAGAAUCGUUCUGCAAAUGAAAAAGUCAAAAAUGCCACGCCAAAGUUCCGAGCAGCAACAAGUUAUUGGACAUCGGCCGAGGAGCGUUUAGGCAACAUUCAGACACAAAUCAACAGCAAGAAAAAAAUUCGUAAUUCAACGAGAACUUAAGUGACGCAAAAAGAAAAGAGUGAGGAGACAAACAAAAGAAAUUUAUGCAAAAAUGUGGCAACGAAAGCCACAAAAAUUAACACACAAAAAUAAACAAUCAAGUAGAAGUUCUAGCAACGACAACGACGAGAACAACAAGAACAACAACAAUAGUAAAAUGCCAAGUUACCAGCGGCACAUUUGGCACUUCUCAGCUGCGACAGUGCUGUCAAUUUCAUUGCUGCUGCUGCUCCACGUCCACACGGCGGUUGCCCAGCACGAUGAUAUCUCACAGAUCUCACCCAAAUCCAGCAGCCACAACUCGUCGCCACGUCUCAGCAUCGAGAGCACGAUGACCGAGUCAAACACCAUUCCCGAGAAGGCGCAAUCGCUGGCUCACGAAGAUAACGAGACGCGAGCACGUGUGGAACGCUCUGCAUCACCGAUAUUGCACGAACAACACUAUUCGGGACGCAAUGAUGUCAGCUACGGGCAGGAGAGCGACAAGGACGUCUCUGCCGGACGCUAUUUCCACUACAACAUUAAGCCAACGGGCACAUAUGACAACCAGGAGCAGCAACAGCAACCCGAGCGCACACAACGCAUCAGAGCUGGCAAAACUUUGGCGGCAGCGAAUGGCAGCAGCACCGGGAACACUGGCAACCUAGAGACGUCCAGCACCGAGCAGCCUUUUUUAGUGCAAGGGGACCUUCGACCGCCUACGUCGGGGUCCCCUAUCAACCCGAACCUGAGCCUGAGUCCGAGCAGUACUGCCACCUCGACGGCAGUGGCAGCGGCCAGUGCGACACAGGCGCCGCAUAGUGCACGCCAGAACGGCAACCCGGACAUCCAGGACAUCAUCACAGGCAUCGUGAAGCUACUCAACGGCAACGUCAAUGUGCAUGCCAACACCCAAGGAGUUGUGCGUCGUCCCUCGGCGAGUCGCAUCAAUAAUCGUGGACCGCCACGCAUCGCCGAUGUGCAACCUCUGCCCGUGGACUACGAGGCCCAGAAGCCGGGAACUUCAAUGCGACCGCCACCGUUUCCCUUCGAUCGCCCCGAACGUCCCUUCAUCACAGGCGUCCCCAUACCCGAGCAGAUUGUGCCUGUGCGUCCUGGUUUCGUGAGCAAUCGACCGCCUUGGUAUCGCAACAAGCCGCGCCCACCGAUUACGACCAGCGUCAAUGGCAGUCGCCGUCCCUUGCCGCAGUAUCAACCACAGCCAGCGCCACAGCUGCCGCCCCAGCGAGCACCCGAACAAACGCCAGCACAAUCGGAGGACGUUAAGCAGCCGGAACAGCAGGCACCCGAGACAGCUGGCGAUGCAUUGGAUGCAGUGCAGCCCACGGACACCACUUACGACUCGGAGUUCUCGAACGAAGAUGCCAAUGCGCAAUACAUCGAAGUGUCCGAUCAAGACACAGAGGGCGGUGGCGAGGUGGAGGACGAACUGCAGCCGCCACCCGAACCAGCGCCAACUGCACCGCCCAAGAAGAAGAACAAGCAUGAGAAGAAGAAACCGCAGGCUGAAUCGCAUGUGGGCUACACGACCAUCGUAGAGACAAGCUCGGAAGUCAACACUGUCAUGAACAUGCCUUCCAGCUAUGUGGCCAUGCCGAUGGAGAGCAUUAGCCACGAACUGGAUCCCUCCACCGAGGAGGUGAUCUUUAUGACCGCCAAUCGUACACCCGGUCUGGAAGCAACCCCAUCGACGACGACAGCGAGCACAACGAGCAGCAUUCUAACGUUGCCGCUGAGCGAGCUGCCCGAUGUGGCUGCCAUUGCACCCACCUCCAAUCUGCCCAUGAUUACCUCUACUACCAGUACCAGCUCCACUACUACUACUACUACUACCACCACCUCAUCCACCACCUCAACUACCACCUCAAGUACCACCUCGACAACCAGCACCGAAAAAGCCCCGACAACGCCCAAUCCAUCAGCUCCGCCCGCUUCCUAUCAUCCCCGACCCGGCAUCGUGCUCGACGAUCCCGAAUUCAAGCCCGGCGGUCGUCCACGUCCCGCCCAGCGACCACCGCCGCCCCAGCAACCCAUACAACCCACUCGACAGCAUUUGCCACCAGGCUAUGGCGAGAUCUUUGAUGUGACAUUGUCGGCUAUUCAGGGACCUGGACCGAAGGGCAGCGGCUCACAGCAGACGAUCAAUAUUAAGCCUUAUGGUUCAUAUGGAGCUGGAGCUGGUGGCGCAGCACAGGCGGACAUCAUAGUGUCGGCAUCAGGUGACGAAGGCUUCGUCUCGAUCGAUGGCAAACGCACUUACAUCAAUCUAUUUGGUGAUCCCACAGAUCCGCCCGCGGGCGCUACAACGCCGGCCACACGGUUGCCUCAGCUGCCAGGACAAGCAGCCGCUGGAAAUGGAAUUGGAAAUGGUGGUAGUAGUGGUUCAAGUGGAGGUACUGCACCCAAUCAUGGUGUCACACAGAGCAGCAGUGGCUAUGUGGUGCCCGAGACCGAAGUAGUCGAGUUGCAGCCACAGUCAGGUGGUAAUCAGGCACAGAGUAAACCAGCGACAGCGGCCACAACGAAUGCGGGACCCACGAGACCACACUAUCGCCAACGACCCACGCAACCACCGGUGAGGAUUGACACCUGCAUUGUGGGCGAUGACUCCACCUGUGAUCAGGCGCAGCACGAACGCUGCAAGACCGACAACGGCGUCUCCAGCUGUCAUUGUCGACCAGGUUAUUCGCGUCGCAAGCAUCGUGAGCCGUGUCGUCGUGUCAUCUCCUUCCAUCUGGGCAUGCGUGUGGAUCGCAUCUAUGAGCACAGAAUCGUCUGGGACAACAAGCUGAUGGAUCGCAAUAGCGAACCUUAUGGACAACUGAGCUAUGAAUCAGUAAGGGCGCUGGACUCUGCCAUGUCAAUGACACCUUAUUCGGAUGAGUUCAUGGAGGCCAAGGUCAACAAUAUCUAUCGUGGCGAUCCCAAUCUGGGCGGCAGUGGCGUCUAUGUGAAUCUCACAUUGAAACUUGAUGAGAGCGUGGAGACACUGCGUCCCAAUCUGCGCAGCGAUGUGCAGAAGCAUCUGCUCGGUGUGCUGCAUCGUCGCAACAACAACAUUGGCAACUCGGUGCUGUAUGUGAGCUCACCUGAAGGCGCAGUCUCUGCGUUGCAUGAUCUGGACGAAUGCCAAUCUCCGGAACUGAACGAUUGUCACGCCAGUGCCACGUGCAGCAACAGCUGGGGCACCUUCCACUGCGCCUGCGAGGCUGGACUGCGUGAUCCCUGGGCUGAUCAACCGCAGCGUGCGGGACGGGAGUGUCAGAGCUGUCCGGAUGCAUACUGCAACAAUCGUGGCACCUGCAGCUACAACGACGAGGGCACUCAGACUUGUGCCUGCGAUUCCAGUCACUAUGGCGCACAGUGUGAGAUCGAUGGCGAGGUAUUGGGCGUGGCUAUUGGUGCGUCGGUGGCCGCGGUGAUCAUCAUUGUGCUGACGUUGGUGUGCUUGAUCAUGUGGUCACGUCGCUGGCAGCGAGAGCAGAAGAAUGCCAUGGGCUCGCCUGUGUUUGGUUAUAUGAACACAGCGCCAUUGAAGUCAGCAGGUUUACCACAAGCAGGCUAUCAGGUGACACUAGAGGAUCGCAUGCGCUGGGCACAGAUAGCCGAUGUGAUGGCGCAGACGAAUCAUUACGGGGCGGAACCCAUUGGACCCACAAGGCCAUCGUCGGCAAUGUUUGCCUAUCCGAAUCUCGGUGCCAUAGGCAUGGGCACCAUUGGUGGCAUGUCGCUGCAGAGCACCAUGCAAAUGCAUCCCAGCGCCAGCCUGGCGCCGCCAGUGCCAUUACCCAGAAGACUUGGCCUUGGUCCACGUGCGAAUGGAAUGCGCACGCUGGAAAACUCCAGCUCCAGCGAGGAGGAGGAUCGUGCCGAUCUGCUGGGUCGUAACUUUCAAGUGCCACGCCCCAAGAGUCGCAGUAACGGCAGCAUUGCGAACCAGUCGGGCAUCUACUAUGAUGUGGACUACGAGCCCUCUGGCAAUGGCAUUGGCAACACCAGUGUCGAUCAUCUUUAUGGCUCGCAAAAUCAAUCGGUGACGCAUUCGUCGGGUAACAAUCAUAUACCCGGCCCACAGGGCAUACCCAUGAGCACCUACACCUCGGGUCGUGCCCCAAGCAGUUACUAUAUGAAGUGAGACGCCUCUUUCAUCUUCUCCCAGCCCUGUCCUAGUUCUUUACGGAGCCUGUAAAUAAUGAACUCUAUGCGUAGUUUAGUUAAGUAGACGCCUAAAACACUUUUCCACUGCAGUCCGAAGAGAUUUCGGGUGACUGCAGCUGAGACGCGUUUUCGAGCAUCCCAGCAAAAUAAAGACUUAGUUUAAGUAAGCAUCACAGAGAGAUACGAGUAUGACAAUAGUUUAAUACAAUGUAAACGAUCACUAAUCAUUAAUUUUAAUAAUACUUACUUAAAUUAUUUGCACCCUAGAAGUAAUUACAUUUCAAUUGAAAGUCAAACAAAACAAGCAUUAGUAUUUAUCUAUCUAUCGAUUUCUUUUAAGUUUAAAUGUGUGUGAGUGUAAAUAUGAUUAAAUAAAUAAAUAAAGACAGUAAUGUAAAU